AUGGACCUGGACAUGGACGUGGACAUGGACGUGGACGUGGACAUGGACGUGGACAUGGACAUGGACAUGGAUGUGGACGUGGACGUGGACAUGGACGUGGACGUGGACAUGGACCUGGACGUGGACGUGGACGUGGACAUGGACGUGGACGUGGACGUGGACGUGGACAUGGACGUGGACGUGGACGUGGACAUCGACGUGGACAUGGAGGACUUGGACGUGGAGGACUUGGACGUGGACAUGGACGAGGACAUGGACGUGGAGGACUUGGACGUGGACAUGGACGUGGACGUGGACGUGGACGUGGACAUGGACGUGGACGUGGACAUGGACGUGGACGUGGACGUGGAUGUGGACGUGGACGUGGAUGUGGACGUGGACGUGGACGUGGACGUGGACGUGGACAUGGACAUGGACGUGGACGUGGACGUGGACGUGGACAUGGACGUGGACGUGGACGUGGACAUGGACGUGGACGUGGACGUGGACAUGGACGUGGACGUGGACGUGGACGUGGACGUGGACAUGGACGUGGACAUGGAAGUGGACGUGGACGUGGACGUGGAUAUGGACGUGGACGUGGACAUGGACGUGGACGUGGACGUGGACGUGGACCUGGACGUGGACAUGGACGUGGACGUGGACGUGGACGUGGACGUGGAAAUGGACGUGGACGUGGACAUGGACGUGGACGUGGACGUGGACAUGGUCGUGGACUUGGACCUGGACGUGGACGUGGACAUGGACGUGGACAUGGUGAUGGACGUGGACGUGGACGUGGACGUGGAGGUGGACAUGGACGUGGACGUGGUCGUGGACGUGGACGUGGACAUGGUCGUGGACAUGGACGUGGAAGUGGACGUGGUCGUGGUCGUGAACAUGGACGUGGAAGUGGACAUGGACGUCGACGUGGACGUGGACGUCGACGUGGACAUGGACGUGGACGUGGAUGUGGACGUGGACGUGGACAUGGACGUGGACGUAGACAUGGACGUGGACGUGGACGUGGACGUGGACAUGGACAUGGACGUGGAGGACUUGGACGUGGACAUGGACGUGGACGUGGACGUGGACGUGGACAUGGACGUGGACGUGGACAUGGACGUGGACGUGGACGUGGAUGUGGACGUGGACGUGGAUGUGGACGUGGACGUGGACGUGGACGUGGACGUGGACAUGGACAUGGACGUGGACGUGGACGUGGACGUGGACAUGGACGUGGACGUGGACGUGGACAUGGACGUGGACGUGGACGUGGACAUGGACGUGGACGUGGACGUGGACGUGGACGUGGACAUGGACGUGGACAUGGAAGUGGACGUGGACGUGGACGUGGAUAUGGACGUGGACGUGGACAUGGACGUGGACGUGGACGUGGACGUGGACCUGGACGUGGACAUGGACGUGGACGUGGACGUGGACGUGGACGUGGAAAUGGACGUGGACGUGGACAUGGACGUGGACGUGGACGUGGACAUGGUCGUGGACUUGGACCUGGACGUGGACGUGGACAUGGACGUGGACAUGGUGAUGGACGUGGACGUGGACGUGGACGUGGAGGUGGACAUGGACGUGGACGUGGUCGUGGACGUGGACGUGGACAUGGUCGUGGACAUGGACGUGGAAGUGGACGUGGUCGUGGUCGUGAACAUGGACGUGGAAGUGGACAUGGACGUGGACGUGGACGUGGACGUCGACGUGGACAUGGACGUGGACGUGGAUGUGGACGUGGACGUGGACAUGGACGUGGACGUAGACAUGGACGUGGACGUGGACGUGGACGUGGACAUGGUCUAG